UCUUUCAGAUGUUAGAACCAAAUGCUUCUAGUAGACAAACCCUUUUAGCUAAAAGCCACUCCUCCUUUGUUGAAGUUAAAGAUCACAUUGUAUUGAGGUGUGACGAAGGCUUCUAUAACUAUCCAGUUAUUUAUUAAGUGUAUGCCUGAAUACUUACAAAGCCUGUAGCCUAGUUUAAAAACAAUAAGAUAGUGGAGGUGGUGUCUAAUUAUCAGUUAGAUGAUCAAAGGUUCCUCUUUGUAUCUUGAUAUAAUGAUAACAAAUUCAGCUGGAUGUGCAUACAGAGCGAAACUAUGCAUACAAUAACAUCAGCCAUUUUUUAAACAUUAUACUGUAAAACAUCACACAGUCAACCAUUAUUUUGCAUUUAUUGAUGAAUUUUAUAUAUAUUGGAAAAGUGCUUAUCCUGAGUCCUUUCAUUCAAAUGUGUAAAAAUGGAAAAAGGUCCCUGUUUAUGAUAUGUCAGGUAGAACUGAUUGAGUUGAACCGAUUGAACUUUAAUGAACUGAUUGAACUUGCCUGAAUUACAGAAUAAAUUAAAGUUAUCUGAGCUUUUAUCAGGUAAUAAAAUUAAUAUAAAGCAUAACAUUACAUAUGUCAACACAUUUGGGAUUUUAUUUGUAUUACUUUUUAGAAUACUGGCGUGCACGGGGUGGGGGGUGUAGAACGCAAUUUCUACUAAGGGAUUUAAUAACUUAAUAUCACCCAUAUGUACCAAUAACUUUUCAUAAUGCUUUAGUGCUACAAAUUACACAACACAAAAUACACAGAAUAAACAAUACACUGCAACAACUUGUAAAGUUGUAUAAACAGCCCCUCCAAUCUGAACAGCACAUAGAUAAAAGAAGAUAAAGCACUGCAAUGCAUCUUAGAACUUGUUAAUGCUUAACCAUUGCAAAUAUGAAUACUUUGUACAUGUACUGAUUACCCAAAUACACUUUCAAAAAAGUACAUUCUUAAAUAGUUGCUCUUUAUUCUUUUUUUUUUUUUUGUAACUACCUGAAACUGUUAUGUAAAGAUAAUACUUUCUCAUGUUUAAUAAAAUGAUCUUAAAUUACCUAAAAAUUCCUCUUUUUAUGUUUUUUACUUUUUUAUUUUUUAAUCUUAAUUCAUUCAUUUAUAACUAUAAGCAUUAUCUUUACCUCCUGAAUGUCACUAUAAACCACUUUUCACUGUAUAUUGAAGAAUUACUGAAUUUACUUUAUAGUUCUUUGGAGUAAGUUCAUGUUACCUUAUAGGUUUUUCUAUAGCAGUAUACCUGCGGUAGCCUAUUUAUAACUUCUGGCAGCUACCAGGCGUAAAAAUCAAACAGCUUAAUCAGAAACUGUUGUACAGUAAAAUCAUAAACGGCCCCUAAUGUUCAUUACAAGGUUAAAUUCCAUUUAUUGGUGCAACACGUCAUUAAACACAGCAAGUUAUUUUAUCACUGCGCAUAGCUCGCUGUGGUAUUAUGAAAUUCCACAGUGCUGUUUUAAAAAAAAAAAGGUAAUGAGCAUUGAUUUUGGUUGGUGAUUCAUUUGUGUUCUUAUCUGCCUUAGACAAAAAUCUGGAUUUAAGUGAGAUUAAGUUUAACAGGCAACAUGGCUAGACAAGCAGCCUAUAUAUCUUGGAACAUUAUGCACAACAGAACAUAGAUUGACCACCAGCCACCCAGAACACAUUGGAAAAGCAGAAGAUCCAGAGAUAUGAAAGACAUACUGCAAAUUAUUGCACUUCUCUUGGGUUUUUUGGCGUGUGGGUCUGCUGUAUUAUCAUUACAUAAUCACUCCUGGAAAGUAUCUACAGACGAUGACAAUGUCAUCAUCACCUCAGACAUUUUUGAGAACCUCUGGAUGUCCUGUGCAGUUGACUCCACCGGUACUUUCAAUUGUUGGAAUUUUCAGUCCAUGCUUGCUUUACCAGGUUAUAUCCAAGCAUGUCGUGCAUUAAUGAUCACAUCCAUUGUGCUGGGCACAUUCGGAUUAGCGGCAACUCUAGUGGGUAUGCAGUGUUCCAAAAUAGGAGGGGAGAAUUAUAUAAUGAAGGGUCGGAUCGCUGGGGCUGGAGGUGUCUUCUUCAUACUGCAAGGUCUGUGCACGAUGAUUGCAGCAUCUUGGUAUGCUUUCAAUAUCACUCGGGAAUUCUUUGACCCACUUUAUCCAGGAAUAAAGUAUGAAAUAGGAGAAGGGCUGUACAUUGGUUGGAGUUCAGCCACAAUGGCUUUAUGUGGUGGCAGCUGCUUGCUGUGUUCCUGUGGGAUACGCAGCUCAGGGGAAGAAAAAAGAAAAUCACAUCUUCAGAACUUCAGAUCAUACUCCUACCAGCCUCAAUCCAGACAUAUGGUUCAGACUGUCUCUGCAACAUCCAAUGUCCCUUCCAGCCAAUAUGGACUCAAUGCAUACGUGUAAGAAACUUACUAUAUACCUGUGAUCAACAAAGUCAAGUUAAAGACAUCACAAAACGGAGAACACACAAUGCCUUUCUAUGCAGUAUGGUCAGA